AUGUCAGAGGAUCAUUAUAUUCACAGUGAUAAAGAUUUAAGAGUACCACCUUUUUUCCCUGCAGUUACAUCAGAAUGCAAAGAAGUUGCUGCUAAAUUCUUUAUUUGUAUAGAAAAAUCUACUAUUCCUUUGAAUGAACAAGAUAAAGAUGCACCAAGAAGAGGUUUAGUUUUAUGUGAAAAGGAAUUGAAUGCAUAUACACAAUGUAUGCUAAAAUAUCAACAAAAAUAA